AUGGCACAUAUGGGAGAUCUGAGGAUCCAAAAUGUCAACCUGCAACAAUCUGAAAACCAGGAAAACCACAGGACGCAGGGUUUCAGCAGCCCCAAAGCCCUGGUGGUCCGCAGAGGAGCCCCAUUCAAAAUCAUUAUGCACCUCAAUGGGAGACCCUUCAACCCCAAGACAGACAACCUCAUGGUGAAAGUCAUGCUAGGCCACCUGUAUUUGAGAUUGCCAGUCACCAUCUCCAAAGACGAACCUGUAUCCCGUUGGAAAGCUUACUUUAAACUGGAGGACCUCAACCUCAAGUCACCCUCCAUUUUCAUCUCCUCGCCGGCCAACGCCCCAGUGGGAACCUAUCGCCUUCUGCUUUAUGUGUUCUCUCAGAGCAGCCAGCGGGUCUUUGCGGUUGGCAACAUGAUCCUGCUCUGCAACCCCUGGUAUCCCGAGGAUACCGUGUUUGUGCCUUUUGAGGACCAGAGGGAGGAACAUGUUCGAAGUGACUCUGGACUGUUAUACAUGGGCUCGCCGAUGAAUUUGGUGUCUAGGCCGUGGUCUUUUGAUCAGUAUGAGCCUGGCGUCCUGGAGGCCUGUCUGAAUCUGCUCCAGGUCAGCCCUCAGCACACGAGGAACAGGAGGAAAGACUACCUCCGCAGAUCAAAUCCCAUCUACAUCAGCAGGGUUGUGUCGGCCAUGAUCAACUGUGAGGACGACCGCGGUGUGCUGAAAGGGAACUGGUCCGGAGACUACAAGCAGGGCACACACCCGUCCGCAUGGACGGGGAGCGGGGACAUCCUGACGCAGUGGGCCCGCUCCGGCUUCAGCCCCGUUAAAUAUGGACAGUGUUGGGUGUUUGCUGCCGUCAUGUGCACAGUCAUGAGAGUUCUUGGCAUUCCCUGCCGCAUCGUCACAAACUUCAACUCGGCUCACGACAGCAAUGCAAACCUGGUGAUUGAGGAGUUUUACAGCGAGACGGGGAAGAAACUGCCCAACAGUAGAGACAGCAUAUGGAACUUCCAUGUUUGGGUGGAGUGUUGGAUGACCCGGCAAGACCUCGGUUCCGGGAUGGAUGGCUGGCAGGUUCUGGAUCCCACCCCACAGGAGAGGAGUGGAGGGGUCUUCUGCUGCGGCCCGGCCCCGGUGAAAGCCAUCAGGGAUCGAUGUGUAGACCUGGUCUACGACAUCCCCUUUGUCUAUGCUGAGGUGAAUGCCGAUGUGCACACAAUCAUAAUGAGGCAGGGUCAGGUGGUGGGCUACAGUGUCGACUCGGAGAGGGUGGGGUCUCACAUCUGCACCAAGGCUGUCGGCUUCCCCAGACCCCAGAACAUCACUGCAGACUACAAAUAUGUCAAAAGUCCUAAUUCAUCACUCAGAUCCAGAAACUCUGUUGUGUCAGAGGACUCCACGUUAAGUAGAAGCUCGUCCCAAGGCGUGUCCGUCUCCCUGAGCCUUGACAAAAGCCCUGUUGCUGGGGAGCCUAUCCUCUUCACGGUGACGGUAACCAACAGGGAACCGGUUGCCAAGGUGAUCAAGGAGAAUCUCGAUGCCCAGGCCAAGGAAUACAACCACAGCCCCUCCGACACCUUCUGGGAGACCAACCAGGUCAUUAGAUUGGCACCGCUGGAGGUCACAUCCCUGCACCAUCAGAUCCCUGCAGCCGUGUGUGAGGGUCUGAUGGGAGACGACUUGGUGAACCUGGCGGUGGUCCUGGAGGACGAGGCCAGCCAGGAGCGAGUGUUGGCAUCAGAGGAGUUCAACAUCACCAGCCCGCAACUCAGCAUCCAGAUCGCAGAUGAGGACUCGAUCGUACCUUACAAGGAGCACAGCGCCUUUGUGUCCUUCACCAACCCGUUCCCUGAGGACGUGAGCGGCGUGCUGACCGUCACCGGCUCCGGACUCAUCCAGGGCAAAGUCCAUUUCAGGAUGAGCUCGUUGAGGCCUCGUGGCAGGGUGGCGCAGCGAGUCGUCUUCCUCCCCAAGUUGACGGGAACAAAGAUGCUGCAGGCCAGCCUAACUCUCACGAAGCGCAACACAGUUAUCAGAGGCUUCAAGAUGGUCUACGUCAAUCCACUUUAGAGACGGGCUGCUAUGGCUCGUUGCCUUUCAUCGCAUGUAUUUUUUGCAACAGAAGUUAUGCAUCGCUCCAUCUUAUUUAUAUACAUCCUGUCCGUUUAUAUACAUUAUGUCCGU